CCCUCCCCUCUCUCGCUCUCUCGUUCUCUCUCUUUUUUUUCUUUUCUUUUUUUUUUUUAACCCCCCCCCCCACCUCCAUUUUGUUCGCUGACGCUGGGGACAGUGGGAGCAGAUCCAUUUCCGGGUAUAUGAGUGACCUAAAGCUGCAAAAAAGACGGAGAGAGAGCAGUGCCAACUGGGAGCAGGGCAAGGAUGCCAAUUCCUCCUCCCCCUCCACCCCCGCCUGGCCCUCCUCCACCUCCCACUUUUAAUCAGGCAAACACCGAACAGCCCAAGCUGAGUAGGGAUGAGCAGCGGAACCGAGGUGCCCUCUUACAAGACAUCUGUAAAGGGACCAAACUGAAGAAGGUGACCAAUAGUAAUGACCGCAGUGCUCCUGUCAUUGAGAAGCCCAAAGGAAGCAGUGCUGGUUACAGCUCUGGAGCCACUGCCCUGCAGCCCAAAGGAGGGCUCUUCCAAGGAGGAGUGCCGAAGCUCCGGCCUGUGGGGACCAAGGACGGCCCAGAGAACCUAGCUGGUAAGCCAGCACUACAGAUCUCCAGUUCUCGAGCUGCUGCACCAAGGCCUCCCGUGUCUGCAGCCAGCGGGCGACCUCAAGAUGAUUCGGACAGCAGCCGAGCUUCCCUCGCAGAACUGCCCCGGAUGCAGAGACCCUCUUUGCCGGACCUCUCUCGGCCCAAUACUACCAGUAGUACGGGCAUGAAGCACAGUUCCUCCGCUCCUCCCCCACCACCUCCAGGGCGGCGUGCCAAUGCACCCCCUACACCCCUGCCUAUGCACAGCAACAAAGCCCCAGCCUACAACAGAGAGAAACCCUUGCCCCCAACGCCUGGACAGAGGCUCCACCCUGGCCGAGACGGGCCUCCUGCUCCACCCUCAGUCAAGCCACCUCCUUCCCCUGUGAAUAUCAGAACAGGACCAAGUGGCCAGUCUCUGGCUCCACCUCCUCCGCCUUACCGCCAGCCUCCUGGGGUCCCCAAUGGGCCCUCCAGUCCCACUAAUGAGUCAGCCCCUGAGCUGCCACAGAGACACAAUUCUUUGCAUAGGAAGACACCAGGGCCUGUGAGAAGCCUCGCACCUCCUCCACCCACCUCCGCCUCCUCUUUACUGAGUAAUAGGCCACCUCCCCCAGCCCGAGACCCUCCCAGUAGGGGAGCAGCUCCUCCGCCCCCACCACCCAUGAUCCGAAAUGGUGCCCGGGAUGCUCCCCCUCCACCCCCACCAUACCGAAUGCAUGGGUCAGAGCCCCCGAACAGAGGAAAGCCCCCACCACCACCCUCAAGGACACCAGCCGGGCCUCCCCCUCCUCCUCCACCACCUCUGAGGAAUGGCCACAGAGAUUCUAUCACCACUGUCCGGUCUUUCUUGGAUGAUUUUGAGUCAAAGUAUUCCUUCCAUCCAGUAGAAGACUUUCCUGCUCCAGAAGAAUAUAAGCAUUUUCAGAGAAUAUAUCCCAGUAAAACAAACCGAGCUGCCCGUGGAGCCCCACCUCUGCCACCCAUUCUCAGGUGAAGCCUGGUUUGAUCCUGUUCCUCAGGAAAAGAAUGGACCUCCUCUUCUUCUCAGAUGGUCCCCUCCAUUCCCCUGAACCUGCAUGAGAGCUCCUACCAUGUUACUCCAGUGCAACCAUCCCUGGACUCGAAGCAUCCUCCUAGCUCACUUCCAUCUAUGCAGCUCGUCUCUGGAUUUGGUGAUGGGACUCUUUCUGUUGGCAGUGGGGCCUCAGGCCCAGCACCCAUCCCUCUUCUAGCAAGUCCUGCCAGUCCAUGUCUCCUGCUUUCCCUGGGGAAAGGUGCCUUGUGGUGGAUGGACUCGCUGUUGGGCAGGGUGGAGCAUGCUACUCCUCUAUGCACUUAUCCAGUGUGGGGAAGCUUGGUGGGUGCAUUAUAUUCCAUUGUUUAGGAAGCUGGCAUAGCCAGGACUUCUGGGAGAGGGGCAUUUGUAGUGAGGCAGGAAAGGAGUGUACAGAGAAGUGAUCUGUUUUAAAGGUCAGGUUUGAAGAAAGGACAAGGAAAUGGCUCUGCUUUAUUUUUAGGGGUAUUUGGUUUUGUUCUUAUCCCCCCCAUUCCAGGGAUAAGUUGAAUAUACACACUAAAUACUAAUCAGUUGAACUAAAUAUUAAAAAAAGAAAAGGGUGAAAGAAGCUGAGGAUCAGUGUAGAGCUAGUCAGUUCUUCUGCAGCUAAGGGACCAGGAGCCAUUCAAAUCUCCUGGGACUCCCUGCCCCCUUUCCUCAGGGUACUAGGUUGAAGAGUGUUCUCCCUCCAUCCUCAUCCCUCUGAAAGAAAAGUCACUUUUUGCCAAGGGCAUCAUUCAAUUAUGAUCCACAAUUUCCAAAAACUUCUGGUGGAAGACAGGGAGAUAUUGCCUGGGUCUUAACCUCAACUGCAAGUCUGCCUCAGUUUUUCUGACUGACCCUGAAGUGGCCAUUGGCUCUUGAGUCAGUCAAUCCCUGGAGAGUGUUCCAGAAUGACUAAGAAGGAAAGGAGGAGACACCCUUCCUUCAUGGAAGGAUCUGGCUGUGGAGGGGCCACAAAGGACUUGGCACCUUGCUUAGAACAACAUUGACAGUCAGCCUGAUGGAGUGGGCUCUUCCUGUUCUUCCUCUAUUCUCACUUUCCUAGACUGCAGGGGCUAAUGAGAAAAUAGGAAAGGUUGAAGAGUCAGAAGCUUGGAGGGAUAGUUCAGUAUUCCUCUAGGCCAAGAAGCACAAAGAUGUCAGUGAGGUUUGCCCCCUCGAGAUAGGUCUUCCGUUGGCAGCCAGCAAUACAUUGUUUCUUAGUCUUCCAGGCCCUAGUUAAAGUUAGCACAGAGAAAAUGGACGUUCUGUCUGAGAGGUUGGGCAGUGAAACAACAUCCUUUCUCCAACAGCAGGCCAGGGCUCCUGGACACCACAAACCAAAUGAGUUUGAUAAUAGCCAUUACCACAUGCCCAAGGCUGCUUCCGGCUUGGCCUGAGAGCAGGGAGACCAAGCAUUGAGAGUGUGGGGCAUUCCAGUUAAAAACUUUAACCAGAUCCAUCCCAGGCCCAGCCUGCCUUAGUAACCCUUCUAAUGUAGUGGAUCACAGGCUAGACCAUUCUAAUGUAGUGGAUCUGCCCUGAUUCCUGAUUAAGAAAAAAACAAAAACCAAAUCUUCCUAGUGCUAGGAGGUGAGGGAGGACUAAACUUGAGUUAUUCUGAGUCUGUUAUCUUUUGCCAUCUCCGGGAUCGCAUGGACUCUUGUGACAGACCACGGUUAUAUCUGUCACUGACCUUUUUCUAAUGAUUCAUUAUUUAUUCUUUUUGUUUUUUUAAAAUCUGUUAGCAGUUACCUCCCUGAUGUAUCCCCAGAAUCCUGCCGAGAAUAGAGGUGAGAGGGGAAUACUAGAGUGGAUACUGCAGCAGAAUUCCAGGGUACAUGCUGACACGUUUCUGAACUUUGACUGUGAAGUCUUCCCAUUUGUUUUUGAAAUGGGAGUUGAUGCCUUUUGUACAAUGUUCUCAAAGUAUACUUUUUUUUUUUUUUUUUGCUCCUUUACUCAACUAUAGAGCAUCAAGAUGUGUAUCACAAAGCCAAACCCCAGCUUUUCAUUGGGGCUGAAUCUUCCUCCCCAUGACCUGCUGCUGCCCCUCAUAUUCCCCAGCAUUUGGGCUGUGUCACAUGGGUACUGGUUGUACUUUCAUUGUCUUUGCCUCAUGAAAAAAAUGGGCGGGGGGGACAAAAAAGCAAAAAGAAAGGCCUGGGUUUAGAUCUAAUCAAAGGAUGAUGAUACAGCACUGACUGAAAUGUCUUUUGCCUUAUCCAUUAUUGGGUCCUUCUGUGUAUAACAGAUUUACUGUCAUGUAUAUUUGCUAUUGAAGGUGGGAAUAUGAUCCUCAUAGUUCUUGGUCUAUUUUGUAUGUUUUAUGAAGCUUGUAAUGUAGGUUUAAGGUGGGCUGGCUACAAGAGCACUAAAACUUCUCACCUUUUAAACUGCUUUUUAUCUGCUUGUGGGAACGUUGUCCUUUCAGUGGAAGAUCGGGUGGUCUCAUGUUGAGGCUGUUACCCAGUCCUCUUAACUCCCCUGUCCCCUCCCAGACGGAAGAGACAUCACCCAGCUGAAUAUCAAGGAGCUGUGCUAACAACAGCUCUUGUAUGGGUUUGUGUUUAUGAUGUUUUUCUCUAGUGAGAAAAACUUAGUAGUUGUGUUUCUUACUGCCCUGUCUGGAAUUAGGACAGUGCCUCUAAGUUUUAAAAUAAUCUAGAUGCCUCGUUCUCCUUUUCUGGUCACUUAACCUGGACCAAAGCACUUUGAUAUUCCAGGUGUGGUUUUCUCCUGGAGCUUUGCUCCAGCUGUAAAAGCCCAGCAUUUUCACAGCCUAUGCCUGAACAGAGUAAGCGAACCUAGGGCUAUCCCAGAUGAGGACAAACAGAUGGGGUCCAGGAGUGUAGCCUGGAUUCAUUACCUGGCAAAGGCAAGGAGAGUAGUCACUGGUCAUUGCACUGGGGAAAUGCCCUCACCCUUGGCUUCCCAGCUCAAAACCCAGAUUUACCUCCAGGGAGAGAGAUGAGGAAAAAAAAUUGUAAAUAGACUUGCUACAGAGCAACUCAGGGUUGGGGUAUGUUUUAAUUCUCCUGAUCACUUGAAAUAAUCUGUAGGCUGAGUGCUUAUGGGAGUGGGGAAGAAGUGUGACUGCAGGGUCCUUCCCUUCUGUGAAACUCUGGGUGGAGUACUGGGCAUCAAAGGCCCUUUGAUGGCACUACACUGAGCUGUCUGUCCUUCUGGAAACCCCCCCUACAAUCAGCUGCAAAUCAUGCCAGUUGCAGUCUUGAUUUUCCCUUUGAAUCUCAGUCCCUGGCUAUGUGGCCAAGGUGGCUUUCUGUUAAGCUGCCCUAGUUUAGGGAAUGGGAGGAAAGAGAAGAGAGAGAAGCAUUACAACUCCGCCUUCUCUUAAUACAAAAUAAAACAAAACUAUCACCACUUUCAAAAUCACAUGCAAAAAGAAAAAAAAAAGAGCUAACUUUAAUUGAAGGAAGGGUUUGGUUCCAUUCAGCUCCACGUCAUUGUGCCUUUACUUGUGUUAGAUUUCUGUGCUUUCUUCCUUUUCCCUCUUUAAAGUUAUUAAAAUCUUCCUUGACAACAGCCGUUUCCUUCUUUCUCUACUCUUGUUUUGGACAGUUUAGUGGGUUCCUUCCUUAAUUGUCUUAAAUAUCAUUCCGCUGGUGGCAGAGGGGCCUAUACCCUUCUAACAUCGAACCUUUCCAGCAGUGACCAGCAUGGACGUCAUAGUCAACACUGAAUAAAAAACUAGAAUGGGUGUGUGUGUGUGUGUGUGUGUGUGUGUGUGUGUGUGUGUGUGUGUCCAUCUGCAUGUGGAUCAAUUUCUUUUUUAAAAUAAUUUAUUGUAUGAUUUAUUUUGGAGUUAUAUUCUGAUGACAGUGCUCUCUCUCCCAAAUAGCACUGAUUUUUUUCUCCCUUCUCUACAAUGUAUAAUCUAGUCUCAGGUUGGAUUCUUCAGUACAUUUUUUUUCUGGAUGCCAUGCAGUUGAAUUAAACCUUACUUUUAAGAACAACAACAACAAAAAACCCUUAAACUGUGUACUGUGUACUCUUGACUGGAAUAUGCUUCCAGAGGGAACAGAGAGAGGGGAGGGAACCUGUUGCCUCAUCUGGGUGAGUGUGGUGAUUUUAUUUCAGGUCCCCUGAGACCCUGUAUGUACUGAUUGGAGCAGGGGAAGUAUCUGCAGCUUCCUAUGGGUCUUUUUUUCUGCUGUGUUUUGAAAAUCAGUUCUGGUUAAACCAUGAUGACCUGCAGAUUCUGACAUCGUUUUCUGUUUUCUACUUCUUUCCCCGCAUGACUUGGGAGAGCCCAGAAGGCUCCCUAGCCUUGUGCCCUUUCCUUGUAUACCAUAAUGAUUCUUUGCCUCUGUUCUGUGGCUACUCGUCUGUGGAAAAUGGAAGAAAAGAUGGGGGCAGGGCCUUCAGGCUCAUGUGUAUCCCUGUUUAUGUGUCAGCCAGUUUUCUUCACUGCUUUUUUUUGAAGCUGAAAUCUUAGCUGCUUUUCUUGAACUUUGACUUUAGGUGUACAAAAUUCAACCAGCCAUUCUUUGCUUACUGUGGUCUGCUGACAUAACCACUAAGGUUUAAUGAACUUAACUUUCACUUCAUUAUUAGCAAAGGUCUUAAAAUUAUUUCCCAUACUGAUUCAUAAUGGGUGUGUGUAUGAAUCACUCUCCUAGUUGAGAAAUAAAAAACAUGUGGAGGGAAAGGGGAAAGAACCCAUUUUUAUCCAUACUUAUCAGACUGGCUGGAUUCCUGAUGAUUUGGCCCAUCAUUGUCAUUAAUACAAUUAAUAAACUACCUAUUUAUUGAUUUAA